AUGGAUACUGCCAACACAAUGGACAACGCCUCCAACUACGAGCACAAGAAAUUCACCGCUUUGAAACGUAAGCGCAGUCAAGAUGAGGAAGAGGAUGAUGUGGUCUUUGUUAUGGAGCUGCCCGCCAAACGUCGAUUCUUUCGACCCUGGUUGGAUGAGCCACAAGCAGCAGCAGCAUUUGCAGAGCAACCGCCAAGGAAACCAACUCCACCCGCCACACUGACCACCACAUAUCACGCCAACAUGGUGCGCAACCACAAGCCGCGACUGCGCAGUCCGAAGGCUCAGCAGCGUCGGGAUCGCAACACUUUGGCCUGUCUUCUCAGUCGGCGUGCCAGACAGGCCAAGGAAGUCGUCAUGGAGCAGCAGUACAAUCAAUUUAAGCAGCAACACCAAGUGGACUUGGAACAACAAGUCCGCCUGAGUCUCUACUAUGUGCGAUUCCUGCAAGAAGCAGUGACCUCGACACAACCGCCACUCAGCGCCCAUCAUUUCCAUCAGCUUCGGCAGAUUGGACAAUCCUGGCCACAACAACAGGGCAAUGCAAUGAAACGCUAG